AUGCCAGACAGAAAUGAAAACACACAUUUGCUGAAAUCACAGCAGCAGCAGCAGCAGCAGCAGCAGCAGCAGCAGCAGCAGCAGCAGCAGCAGCAGCAGCAGCAGCAGCAGCAGCAGCAGCAGCAGCAGCAGCAGCAGCAGCAGCAGCAGCAGCAGCAGCAGCAGCAGCAGCAGCAGCAGCAGCAGCAGCAGCAGCAGGAACAGCAGCAGCAGCAGCAGCAGCAGCAGCAGCAGCAGCAGCAGCAGCAGCAGCAGCAGCAGCAGCAGCAGCAGCAGCAGCAGCAGCAGCAGCAGCAGCAGCAGCAGCAGCAGCAGCCAGCAGCAGCAGCAGCAGCAGCAGCAGCAGCAGCAGCAGCAGCAGCAGCAGCAGCAGCAGCAGCAGCAGCAGCAGCAGCAGCAGCAGCAGCAGCAGCAGCAGCAGCAGCAGCAGCAGCAGCAGCAGCAGCAGCAGCAGCAGCAGCAGCAGCAGCAGCAGCAGCAGCAGCAGCAGCAGCAGCAGCAGCAGCAGCAGCAGCAGCAGCAGCAGCAGCAGCAGGAGCAGCAGCAGCAGCAGCAGCAGGAACAGCAGGAGCAGCAGCAGGAGCAGCAGCAGCAACAGCAGCAGCAGCAGCAGCAGCAGCAGCAGCAGCAGCAGCAGCAGCAGCAGCAGCAGCAGCAGCAGCAGCAGCAGCAGCAGCAGCAGCAGCAGCAGCAGCAGCAGCAGCACAGCAGCAGCAGCAGCACAGCAGCAGCAGCAGCAGCAGCAGCAGCAGCACAGCAGCAGCAGCAGCAGCAGCAGCAGCAGCAGCAGGAGGAGGAGGAACAGCAGCAGCAGCAGCAGCAGCAGCAGCAGGAACAGCAGCAGCAGCAGCAGCAGCAGCAGCAGCAGCAGCAGCAGCAGCAGCAGCAGCAGCAGCAGCAGCAGCAGCAGCAGCAGCAGCAGCAGCAGCAGCAGCAGCAGCAGCAGCAGCAGCAGCAGCAGCAGCAGCAGCAGCAGCAGCAGCAGCAGCAGCAGCAGCAGCAGCAGCAGCAGCAGCAGCAGCAGCAGCAGCAGCAGCAGCAGCAGCAGCAGCAGCAGCAGCAGCAGCAGCAGCAGCAGGAACGGCAAGCAGCCGUUUGCAGCAUGGUGUGGCGGCAGCACGAACCCCACAAGAGCAGCAACAGAUGCUGGUGCUGCAGCAGGCGCAGACCCAGGCACAGGCGCAGGCACAGGCACAGCAGCUAGCAGCAGCAAGCUCCACGCUCACCACGUGUCUGCGCCGCCUGCACCUGCUGCGCCGCAGGGAAGACCAGCUGCUCCUCGACCUGCGCCUGCGCUCCGCCUCCUCCCCCCGGGUGAGCUCUGCGUUCCAUGCUGCCCCUCUGUUUGUCCCUAUGCUCGCGCCUCUACUCACUUUGCUCCGCUGCAGGGAAGACCAGCUGCUGCUCGACCUGUGCCUGCGCUCCGCCUCCUCUCCCCUGCUGGGAGGGGCGCCUCAUGCCGCUGCAACUCACACUGCCCCACCGGCAUAUGCUGCACCGACAGCACCAGCUGGCGGAGGCGCAGGAGUAGUAGGAGUAGUAGGAGGAGGAGGAGGGAGGAGGAGGAGGAGGAGGGAGGAGGAGGAGGUAGGAGGAGGAGGAGGAGGAGGAGGAGGAGGAGGAGGAGGAGGAGGAGGGAGGAGGAGGAGGGAGGAGGAGGAGGAGGAGGAGGGUCCCACUCCCAGUCUCUCUUAG